GGCUCUCGAUUGUUUCGUACAACCAGCUUAACGGUGCACGACGGUACUCUGUUGUCUUCGUACGUUUGCGUCAGUCGUGAGGUUCGUUCUCGAUCGAAGUGACUCGUGAAAGGCGUCGUUGCGUUUAAAGCGGAACUAAGCCCAGGGACGAAAGUUCGCGAUAGACAGGAGAUACAAGCUACGAAGGCCCGCUCGCAGUCAUGGCACGUACCAAGCAGACAGCCCGUAAGUCGACUGGUGGAAAGGCGCCCAGGAAGCAGCUCGCCACCAAAGCGGCGCGCAAGAGCGCGCCGUCCACUGGAGGCGUCAAGAAACCGCAUCGUUACAGGCCCGGUACUGUGGCCCUUCGAGAAAUCCGAAGAUACCAGAAGUCGACCGAGCUGCUGAUCAGGAAAUUGCCGUUCCAGCGUCUGGUUCGUGAGAUCGCCCAGGAUUUCAAGACCGAUCUGCGCUUUCAGAGCGCCGCCAUAGGCGCCCUCCAGGAGGCGUCGGAAGCUUACCUGGUCGGCCUGUUCGAAGACACGAAUUUGUGCGCCAUUCACGCCAAGCGUGUCACGAUCAUGCCAAAAGAUAUACAGCUGGCGCGGCGAAUUCGCGGUGAACGCGCUUAAAUCACACGCGUAUACACAGAGCGUUCUCAUUUUAUUAUUAUUUGGACAUUGUGUGUUUCUGAGCAGUUUAAAAUUUUCUUGACUCUUCCGUCAUUUAUCAUAGUUAACACACUGCCAGCCGCUGUAAUAGAAAGAAGGGGGAAGAAUAACGAGCAAGUCUUCAUUGGACUUUCCAAUUCGACGAGAUGCGAUGCAUACAAUGAUAAAAAGAUGGAAAAUUAUAAAAAAAAAUUUAAUUUAUAUGAAGAUAAAAUUUCAGAAACAGUUGUUAGGUUCAUUUUUUUUUAAGUACUACGAUGUGUAGCGAAAGUAAAACAGCAAUAUAUUGCAUGGAUUUCGCGGGGUUUUUUUUUUGUUUCCAUAGAACGCCGGGUAUUAGCGCGCUUUAUUUUAGGUUCUUAACCGCCGGUAGUCACCUAGCUUCACGGGGUCAUUUUCUCCACACAUUUCUGCGUACAAAACAAAAUUUAUUAAUUGUACAUCGGCGCCGCUAUAAAUAUAUAUGCACUUUUCGUAUAAACUGAUAUACCUACACGUGUAUUGGAAAGUGGUGGAGCACGGAGCAGGUAGUUGAUUAAUUGUUUAUCGGUAACAAUAUUAUUACACGACGUUAGUUCGAUUUGCAUUUAGUCCUUGCACACUUUAGCCUCUUCAGCCUCUUGGUAAAUUGCCCGUAGUGGAUAUCGCGCAUAUACGUAUAUAUAUAUAUAAAAAAUGAUGUAAGGAAUGUAAGCAACGUAAGUAAGUGUUUUAUGUAACCCUAAGGAAAACAUUAAUAAAUACGUCAUAUAUAAUAUACACAUAUUAAAGAUUUGACAGGAGGGCUGCGAUUGGUACCGUAAUUCAUUCGCUUCCCGAUGAACACAGAGUAUCAAUUGCACGGCACUUGUGUUACAGUUUCUCGCCCAAGGGUGCGAAUGUGAUACAACGCACGUGUUGUAUUGCGUUUGCAUUGCUUGGUGAGAAAUUGUAACUGACGCUCGGUGUUCACCGGGUUCGCAGGAAUCUUUGGACAUACAAGUAAAAAAAAAAGUGCUAAAUGUGUAUAACUAUUGCUAUUGUUUCCUACACUCCGGUCUGUCGAGUCGAUAUUGUUUAAGCCCGAGCUACAACGCGCUCCUUGCGUCCAGAAACAUUCAGUUCUGUGGUCGAUAAGUGCGCUUAAGAAUUUGUGAAAGUUGAUAAAUUGUAUAUUACACAUUGUCGACGAGUGUUUCGAGCGUCUCGAUUUGUUCAUGCGAAAUGGAGUGGUUUCCAGACGCAAGGGGCGCAUUGUAGAUUAGGCUCUACGAGCAGCUUCCCCUCGAAAGUCGCGAUCCGAGUGCAGCCCUCGUGGCGAUUUCGGUACGGAUAUAGGUUGUAAUUAUUCUUAACUAUUGUAGUACUAACCAAGUGAUUAUGACAUUGUAGCGAAAUACAUUUUCUAAUGGAUGUAACGGAAA